AAAUUUUUACUUUCCAAAAAUUCCAAUUUUAAAGGGUCGAAACAAACCCGAGCAACGCCGGGCGAUACUGCUAGUAAACGAUAUAGUAUGUUACUUUUGCCAAGAUAAGCAGUUUGUUGAACGACUCCAUAUUUGAUAACGUUCACAUCGAGUUGUCUCCCUUACAAGUUGCUAUGGUGACCGACGACGCGGUGUUUGUUGACACUCGUUAUGAAAAUGCAUCUCCGCUAAUUAGCGAAAUUGCGAGAUAAAGAUUUUUAAAAAUCAAGUAAAAAUGGACCCCAAUUUAUUGGCACCAAUUAAAAGCUUAGCAAGUAUAUCUAUGAGUCGACGUCGGUCUUUGGCCAGUCAAACGAAUUCAAUAACAAAUCUGAAAAAACAGAAGAAAGAACAAGAGCAGCCAACAGAUUUGAAGGAACAAGGAUAUUAUUCUGAGAUUAUUGCAAAAGAUUCAAACAAAUCAUUGCCUGUAAUUGUUGAACCACAAAAUAUCAGACAGAAUACUCUAUGGAAUAUUCAAAAAGUGAAAUACUCACCACAAGUGUCAGCGUGUAACAUUCCACCUGAAGUUGCCCUGCAAAAAUUAACAGGUGAAAUCUAUGAAAAAACCACAGCACCAACAUCCAAAUCUGAUUUUCCAUGGAAAUCUUUUGAAGCAAAAGUUCAGCUGCCAUACUAUACACCUACUGGAAAAUGUCCACGAAAAAUUGAAAUUGAAAGAAGACGACGUCUCUACGCAAGUCUUAACCUCACUGAUUUACUCACUGCUGAAGGAAUUUCAUGUGAUGAAUUGAUCCCUAUAAAUAUUUUUGAUUCUGAAUCUAAAAAUAUAGAUAUAAUUGAAGAACGAACAACUCCUUUCAAAACAUAUCUUCCACUUGAGAUCUUUGAUAAUGAAGAAUAUGACUGCCGCACACCCUAUGAAUGGGUACGUAUGGGAGAAGAAAACAAUAUUUUGAAACCAGUUCCAGGACUUGCUUUUUUAAAGAAUCAUCCAAAGGAGGAUCAAGGUGUUCCUGUAAGUUCUCACACUUGGAAGAAAGUUGGAGUGCUAGGCUACAAAGCUGAAACCAAAGAAUAUUUUGUUCAAGAAGUUAAUUCUGAAGGUCGUUUAAUUGAUGAUGAUGGCAAUCUUGUUGUAGGGAUAACAGAUCCUGAAAAUGUUAUAUUAGCAGAAAACCAGUCAUGGACACCAAGGAUUUAUUUAAUGUUUUGUGCUGAAGACCCUCGAGUGUUUGCCAAACGUAUUGCUGAAGCUGUCAAACAGCGGAAAACGACAGAAGCUUUGUUACGUUAUCAUCUUUAUGUUGAUUGCAUGCCAAUGGAUGGAGUGGGUGAACUUGAUCAGGCAUCUCUCAAGAGAAUGACAGAAUGGGCAAAAAACACAAGUGGAAUUUACAAAGACAAAAAUCUUGAAGAUCAUGUCCAACUCUUGGAGAAAGAAGUGAAUAUAGAUUUUUGUAGAACAAUGAACAAGAUAAUAUUUGACAAAACUGUAAGGGAUGAUCCAAUAACUUUUACAUUUGUAACACAGCCUGAACCAAUUGUUGAAAAGCUUUCAACAAAAGGUGUCUGUGGGGAUGUUCCAGAUUACCCAUUUGAAGAACAAUACGAUAAGUUUGCUUUCACAUCCUUGCUGACACGGGAGGAAACUGUUCAUACAUGUGUGAAGCUGCGUACAGAGUGUAACAAAGUGGCCUCUAUGUCCCUUUUUCAUGUGCCCACUACAAAACCCUUGAAAAUUGAUGAAUUUGAACAAACACAAUCUCAAGCAACUGCUCAGAUUUCCUUAUUUUUGAAAGAUAGUUGGAUAUCCACUCUCCGCGCUGCAAUUAGAACAAGCCUUAGAGACAUUGGUAAAGGAUGGUUCAAUAUUCAUGAGUCAAACUGGGAAGUUUACCAAAAAUCUAAAUUGAAAACAUUCAUGGAAAUGGUUAAAUUCAUAAUGCAGGACACUUUGCGCUAUUUAGUAAAUGAUUCCUUGUAUAAUUUUGCACAAAUGAUACACAAUUCAUGCAGAAGUACCUUGGACAUCGAUGAAUCCUUCACAUGGACAGGGGAUCUAAUUAACAGUCCCUUCAAACCAAAGAAAACAGCUUUAUUUUUUAUUGAAUUAAUUGUUGAUGAACAAGGUCCACAUUACAGUACUACCUUGGCCGAUUUUGAAUCCUGUGUCCUUAGCCUUUUUGAUAAAGGUAUUAACUCUACUCAAGCUGUGCCACAACUUGAAAAGUAUAUUUUGGAAGACAUCUUUUGGUCUGGAACUCCACUUUUAGAAUCAGUUGGUGAGCAUGAACCUCAUGUUGAAGAAAUGCGAUCAACCAUCCAAACUACCAUUCAAAAGUCGAUUAUUCCAGCUAAAGCAUAUGCUGAACGAUACAAUAAAUAUGUUGAACUUUGCAAUCUUGAUGUAAACAAAUUUAUCAGUACAUAUGCUGAAACUGAACGACCUGCUGUUGAAAUACAAGAAGAGGCCGAGAAACAUUUGCAAGAGAAAGGUAUUCUAGAAGAUGAAAUUCCACUCAGCAUCACUAUUGGGCCAUUCUGGGUGACAACAUCGCAUGUACGAGAAACUGUUUCAAAGAAGAAGAAAGCACUAACUAUGGCACUCCUUGACUUACUUGCAAGACAGCUAAGCCAACAAACUGAGGAAGUAUGUGAAACUUUUAAACAAAUCAGCCGAAAACAAUCAGAAAAACCCAAUACAAUUGAGGAAUUGGAUGAAUUAAGGGAAUGGAUGAAGUCUAUACCCGAGAAAAUUAAAGAUCAGCAAGAACAAAUUGAUAAAAUAGUUGUGGACUAUGGAUUGUUGGAGAACUUUUUCUAUAAUCUUAGCAUUGAUGACUUCAAUAAUUUGUGGGCCAUGAUUGGAUGGCCUCUGAAAAUUGAGAAACAAACUGAGACAAUUUUGCUAAACCAUGAAGCUGAUGAAGAGAGGUUUCGUAAACUCCAGCUUCUGGAUCAAGCAGCAUUCAAUGAAAAGCUGGAUUCCUUGGCUAUGAUGGCAGCUUCAAUGCAAUCUUACACAGAUGUUAACAAAGCUCAUGAAAUUGCUAAUGAAGCACGUCGUAUUAGUAAACAGAUGAAAGAUGCUCAGCAAUUAGCACAGGUUUACAACAACAGAGAACGCUUGUUUAAAUUACCCAUAACCCAGUAUGAUAAACUUCAUCUGAUGGUAAAAGAAUUUGAACCAUUUCGCAGCCUUUGGGUUACAGCAUCCGACUGGCAGAGAUGGCAUGACAGCUGGCUGAAUGAUCCACUGCUGUCUAUCAAUGCUGAAGACGUUGAAAAGAAUGUUCUGGAUUCUUAUAAAAUUAUGCAUAAAUCAGUCAGAAUAUUUCAAGACAGUCCUGUUGUUCAAGAAGUUGCCAUAAUUAUAAAAGGCCAGAUUGAAGAAUUUAGACCUUUUAUUCCACUGUUUCAGGGACUUAGAAAUCCAGGGAUGAGAAAUCGACAUUGGGAUCAGUUAUCUGAUGAACUUGGUUUUCAAGUGCGACCUAAAAGCAAUUUAACUUUUAGUAAAUGUCUUGAAAUGAAGCUGCAAGACUAUAUUGAAGUGAUUGCUAAAGUUGCUGAAGUAGCAGGAAAAGAGUACUCAAUUGAACAGGCACUGAAUAAAAUGGAAAAGGAAUGGGAACCAGUGUUAUUUGAAAUAAUGCCAUAUAAAAACACAGGCACGCACAUCCUAAAAUGUUCAGAUGAUACAUCACAAAUGUUAGAUGAUCAUAUAGUCAUGACACAGAGUAUGUCAUUUUCUCCAUACAAAAAAGCAUUUGAAGCUCAAAUUUCUGCUUGGGAAAAUAAAUUGCGUAUAUCACAGGAUGUUUUGGAUGAAUGGCUGGCAUGUCAAAGGUCAUGGAUGUACCUUGAGCCAAUUUUCACUUCUGAAGAUAUUAGUAGACAGUUACCUGUGGAAAGCAAGCGCUAUCAAACAAUGGAGCGACUAUGGAGGAAAAUCAUGAAAAAUGCCAAAGAAAAUCCACAGGUUAUCAACCUCUGCGCCGAUGCACGCCUAUUAGACAGUUUGAAAGAAUGCAAUAAAUUGUUAGAUCAAGUACAGAAAGGACUCACUGACUACCUGGAGACAAAACGUUCUUCUUUUCCACGAUUUUACUUCCUGUCAGAUGAUGAACUCCUGGAAAUUUUGUCACAGACCAAAGAUCCAACUGCUGUACAGCCACAUUUAAGGAAAUGUUUUGAGAAUAUUGCAAGGCUUAAAUUUGAAAAAGAUCUUCAAAUAACAAAAAUGUAUUCUGGUGAAGGAGAAGAAGUUGAUUUUAAGGCUGUUUUAUAUCCAAUUGGAAAUGUGGAGUGUUGGAUGCUAAAUAUUGAAGAAACUAUGAGAGAAAGCCUUCGACUAAUUAUUAAAGCAGCUUUGGAAUGUUACCCAGCGACUGAGAGACCUACAUGGGUUCUAGAAUGGCCUGGUCAAGUUGUCAUUGCUGGAUGCCAGACUUUCUGGACUGAAGGUGUUACACAUAGUCUUCAGGAUGAUACUAUUCGAAAGUACCAUGAACUUGUACUAUCACAGUUAGAUGACCUUCGAAAACUAGUGCGUGGUGAGGUACCAAAAAUUGGCCGAUUGACUCUGUCUGCUCUGAUUGUUAUUGAAGUUCAUUCACGUGAUGUUGUGGCCAAAAUUAUUGAUGAGAAAGUCAACAGUGCUAAUGAUUUUGAAUGGAUAAGUCAACUCAGAUAUUACUGGAAGGAGGAAGACCUGAAAAUAUGUGCUGUAAAUGCUGAAUUUAAAUAUGGUUAUGAGUACCUUGGGAAUACAUCUCGGUUGGUAAUUACCCCAUUAACAGACAGAUGUUAUCUAACUUUGACUGGAGCUCUCCAUUUGAAAUUUGGCGGUGCUCCAGCUGGACCAGCUGGUACCGGAAAAACAGAAACUACAAAAGACCUUGCUAAAGCAAUGGCUAUCCAAUGUGUUGUAUUCAACUGUUCUGACCAGCUAGAUUAUAUGGCAAUGGGUAAAUUUCUAAAAGGACUUGCCAGUUCCGGAGCUUGGGCAUGCUUUGAUGAAUUCAACCGUAUAGAUAUUGAAGUACUCUCCGUUGUAGCCAUGCAACUUACUACGAUUGUGCAGGCUCUGAUCAAACAGGUGGAUCGGUUCUUUUUUGAAGGAGUAGAAAUUGCUUUGAAACCCUCUUGUGCUGUAUUCAUUACUAUGAAUCCUGGCUAUGCUGGACGGACAGAAUUACCCGAUAACUUGAAAGCAUUAUUUCGACCUGUUGCCAUGAUGGUACCAGAUUAUGCUCUGAUUGCAGAAAUUAGCUUAUUUUCCUUUGGUUUCUCUGAAGCCAAAGUACUGGCCCAAAAGAUUGUAUCCACUUUUAAAUUGUCAUCAGAACAACUUAGUACUCAGGACCAUUAUGAUUUUGGCAUGAGGGCUGUGAAAAGUGUAAUAUCGGCAGCAGGAAACCUCAAACGUCAGCAGCCAGACAUGAAAGAAGAUCUAAUCACAUUGAGAGCGAUACAAGAUGUUAAUGUUCCUAAAUUUCUGGUUGAUGAUUUGAAAUUAUUCAAUGGAAUCGUUUCAGAUCUGUUUCCUAACACUAAGGAAGAACCAAUUGAUUAUGGAUCAUUGGAUACAGCACUGAAGAAAGCAUGUAGAAAAUUCAAUCUUAAAGCUGUACAAGGUUUUAUCCACAAAUGUAUCCAACUUUAUGAAACAACAGUGGUUCGCCAUGGUCUGAUGCUUGUAGGACCAACUGGCUCGGGUAAAACAAAGUGUUAUGAAGUACUGAAAUUUGCCAUAACAUCAUUGAAAGGAGAAAUGUCACCAUCAGGAGAACCUUUUGAGAAAGUCCAAACUUUUGUGUUAAAUCCUAAGUCUAUAACAAUGGGUCAGUUAUACGGUGAAUUUGAUCUUCUAACACAUGAAUGGACUGAUGGUAUACUAUCCUCCUUGAUACGUGCCUCUAUAGGAAGUCAGAAUAAUGAUAAGAAAUGGUACGUAUUUGAUGGACCUGUAGAUGCAGUUUGGAUUGAAAACAUGAACACUGUUCUAGAUGACAAUAAAAAACUGUGUCUGAGUAGUGGUGAGAUCAUCAAGUUGGAAGAGUGCAUGACAAUGAUGUUUGAAGUUCAGGAUCUUGCAGUUGCUUCACCUGCAACUGUCAGUCGAUGUGGCAUGGUAUAUUUAGAACCUAGUAUUUUAGGACUGAAUCCUUUUGUAGAAUGCUGGUUAAAUAGUAUACCACCAUCCAUUCAACCCUUUAAAGAAAGAUUGGCAGAACUUUUUGAUCUAUUAUUAAAGCCAGCAAUAAAUUUCUUAAGAGAGAAUAUGAAAGAAAUUGUUUCCACAGUUGACAGUAACCUGACAUUUAGUUUCUUUAAACUUCUCAAUUGCCAUUUUGAACCAUUCCGCUUGGAUGAUCCAAAGACCAAACCCCCAGAAUAUCUCAAUUUUUUAAAGCAGCUGAUUGAACCUUGGUUUUUCUUCUGCAUGAUCUGGACUAUUGGAGCAACAUGUGACCAUGAUGGCCGAGUUAAGUUUUCAGAAUGGAUUAGAGAACAAAUGAAUAUUAAUGAGAUUGAAAUUAAAAUACCUGAUUCAGGAUUAAUAUAUGAUUAUAAGAUUAAUGAUGGCUGUGAAAGUGAUGAUGAAGAUGAAGAUGAACCUAAAGAUAUUGAAAUAAAAUAUGUCCACUGGAGCCAAGGUCAACCAAUUUUUACUACACCAGUUGAUGCCAAGUUUGCAGACAUCAUUGUACCAACCAUAGACACUAUUAGAAAUUCAUUUAUAUUAGAUAUGCUUCUGAAGAAUAACAAAACGGUUCUUUGUGUAGGUCCAACAGGGACUGGUAAAACACUAACUAUUGCUGAUAAGUUAAUCCAUAUGCCAUCUAAAUUCAUCUCAGAGUUCAUAGUGUUCUCUGCCAAAACUGGUUCUAAUCAAACUCAAGACCUUAUUGAUGGCAAGCUAGAUAAAAGACGUAAAGGAGUUUAUGGCCCACCUUUAGGCAAGAUGUUUUUAUUCUUUAUCGAUGAUUUGAACAUGCCAGCUCUGGAAGCUUUUGGAGCUCAACCCCCCAUUGAACUUCUCCGUCAGUGGAUGGAUUUUGGAGGCUGGUAUGACAGAAAAUCGAUUGGUGAAUUCCAUAAUCUUGUUGAUGUCAACUUUGUUUGUUCAAUGGGACCACCAGGAGCAGGAAGAAAUGCUGUCACAGCCCGUUUGUUACGACAUUUUAAUUUCCUGGCUUUCACAGAAAUGGAAGACAUUAGUAAAAAGAAAAUAUUUGGAACCAUUUUCGAAUCUUGGAUUGCCGAUGAAGAGUCAGUAACUGAAUAUAGUGAACAACUUGUUGAUACAUCUAUUCUGGUUUACAACACCAUCACCACACAGCUGUUACCGACUCCAGCCAAGUCUCAUUACACAUUCAAUCUCAGAGAUUUAUCAAAGGUUUUCCAGGGAAUGCUUAUGGGAAACAUUAAAAGAAUUAAGAGCAUAUCUAAUUUGUUGCGGUUGUGGUAUCAUGAAAGCUGCCGUGUAUUCCAAGAUCGUCUGGUUAAUAAUGAAGACCGUAACUGGUUUAAUGAAUGUCUUAAGCAAAGAAUUGAGGAAGAUUUUGAGAUUGAUUUUGAUGAAGUCAUCGUCGACCAUCCAGUGUUGUUUACAGAUUUUAUGUCCAGGAGUGGUGAUAUUCGAAAUUAUGAAGAAGUCACUGAUUAUCAGAAGUUGAGCAGCGUGUUAGAUGAGUUCUUGGAAGAUUAUAACCAAAUCAGCAUCAAUAAAAUGAAAUUGGUUCUUUUUAUGGAUGCAAUCACUCACAUCACUAGAAUUGGAAGAGUUAUUCGCCAACCAUAUGGAAAUGCCCUUCUUCUUGGAAUGGGUGGAAGUGGUCGGCAGAGUCUUACACGUCUUGCUUCUCAUAUAGUGGAAUUUGAUUGUUUUCAAGUGGAAUUAUCAAAGAACUAUGGCAUCAGUGAGUGGAAAGAAGAUUUAAAAAAGGUAUUGAUGAAGUCUGGAAUAGAGAAUCAAGCAGUUGUCUUCCUGUUCAGUGAUACUCAGAUAAAGAAUGAAUCAUUUCUCGAAGAUUUAAACAACAUUUUGAAUGCUGGAGAUGUGCCAAACAUUUAUAGCCUUGAUGAACUUGAUAAGAUUUAUGAAGCCAUGAAACCUUCUGUACAAGAUAUGGGACUACAACCAACUAAAACCAAUCUGUAUACAUGCUAUACUAAACGGGUUCGUUCCAAUCUGCACACUGUAAUAACAAUGAGCCCUUUAGGUGAAGUAUUCCGUGCUCGCCUCCGACAGUUUCCAGCUCUGGUCAAUUGCUGUACCAUCGACUGGUUCAGUGCAUGGCCUGAAGAUGCAUUGCAAUCUGUGGCUCUACGAUUUCUUGAAGACAUUCCAGAACUUGGUAUAUUUAGUGAAAAGAUAGACAGCCUUGUUUAUAUGUGCCAAUAUAUUCAUUCAACCGUUGCAGUCUAUACCGAUAAAUAUCGACAAGAAUUGUCUCGACACAACUAUGUCACACCAACAAGUUAUCUAGAAUUACUUGGUACAUUUUCAAAACUUAUAAAGUUGAAAAAGGAUGAAAUAUCCACUGCAUGGAAACGAUUGAAAACAGGACUCGACAAACUGCUGGCUACUGCAAAUGAUGUGGCUAUCUUACAAGAAGACUUGGCAAGAAUGCGUCCACUUUUGGAUGAAGCUGUGAAAGAAUCAGUUUCUACGAUGGAACAAAUUGCACAAGACACUAAAGUUAGUGAAGAAACCAAAGUAGUUGUUCAGAAUGAAGAAGCACAAGCUGGUGAGAAAACACGAGAGACGCAAGCUAUUGCAGACGAUGCACAGAGAGAUCUCAGUGAGGCUUUGCCAGCAUUAGAAGAAGCCCUGGCUAGUUUAAAAACACUUAAUAAGAAUGAUGUUGUUGAAGUGAGAGCAAUGCAAAGACCACCAGAUGGCGUCCGUCUUGUCAUUGAUGCUGUCUGCAUAAUGAAGUCUGUCAAACCAAAACGUGUUCCUGGAGAAAAGGUGGGUAGCAAGGUAGAUGACUACUGGGAGCCAGGUAAAGCUUUGCUUCAAGAUCCCGGAAAAUUCUUAGAAAGUUUGCUGAAAUAUGACAAAGAGAAUAUUCCAGAAGAAACAAUCAAAAAGAUCUCUCCAUAUAUGGAAGACGAAGCCUUUACCCCACAUGCUAUUUCUAAGGUCUCUAAAGCAUGUACAUCAAUAUGUCAGUGGGUUCGUGCCAUGUACAAAUAUUACUUUGUUGCUAAAGCGGUUGCUCCAAAAAGAGAAGCAUUGAAAAUUGCUCAGGCUGAUUUAUAUGAAACUCAAAAAAUAUUGGAUGCUGCCAAACAACGUCUGCAAGCAGUACAAGAUGGCAUAGAAUCUCUGCAGGCAAAAUAUGAUGACACUAUGCGUAAGAAGAAAGAUCUUGAAGAAAAGUGUGAGCAGUGUCAAGCACGCCUUGUUCGAGCAGAUAAGUUAAUUGGAGGACUUGCAGAUGAAAAGAAUCGGUGGAAAGCUUCAGCAUUGAGAUAUGAGAAAAUCCAAGACAAUAUGGUUGGUGAUGUUAUGGUAUCAGCUGCAUACAUUGCCUACCUUGGAACAUUUACAGGAGAAUAUCGAGCUGCCAUGUAUUCCUCUUGGAUUCAAAAGAUGCAUGAAUUGGAUGUGCCUCAAACAGAUGAUCCGAGUCUUAUUUCGACUUUAAGUGAUCCAGUUUUGAUUCGUCAAUGGCAAAUCAAUGGCUUACCUAAAGACAAUUUGUCAGUUGAAAAUGGAGUUAUUGUACAUUAUGCUCGACGCUGGCCACUUUUUAUUGACCCACAGGGACAGGCUAAUAAAUGGAUAAAAGCAAUGGAGAAGGAUAAUUCCUUAGAUGUUAUCAAGCUCUCUGACAAAGAUUUUCUACGUACACUUGAGAAUGCCAUAAGGUUUGGGAAACCAUGUCUGCUUGAAAAUGUUACAACAGAACUAGAUCCGGUCCUUGAACCAGUGUUAUUGAAACAAACUUAUCGGCAACAAGGUAGCCUUGUGAUCAAACUUGGAGAUGCUGUUGUGCCGUAUCAUGAAGACUUUAAAUUCUAUAUCACAACCAAACUUCCAAACCCUCACUACACACCUGAAAUUUCAACCAAAGUGACUUUAGUUAACUUUACUUUAUCACCAAGUGGCCUUGAAGAUCAGUUACUUGGGAUCGUUGUUGCAGAAGAACGACCAGAUUUAGAAGAAGCUAAAAAUCAACUGAUUGUCAGCAAUGCUAAGAUGAAGCAAGAACUGAAAGAGAUUGAAGACAAAAUUUUGAACAGACUCAGUUCUUCAGAAGGAAACCCUGUAGAUGAUUUUGACCUUAUAAGUACAUUAGAGGCAUCCAAAAUCAAAUCUGAGGAGAUAAAGGCCAAAGUAACCAUAGCUGAACAGACAGAGAAGGACAUAGAUGAAACCCGUGGCCAAUAUAUCCCCGUGGCCGUCAAUACACGGAUUAUGUUUUUCUGUGUUGCUGAUUUAGCAAACAUUGAUCCCAUGUAUCAGUAUUCUCUGGAAUGGUUCAUCAAUAUUUUCCUCUUUGGCAUUGAACAAGCUGAAAAAGCAGAUAAUAUACCCAUGAGAGUUGAAAACAUCAAUAAGUACUUUACAUACUCUCUCUAUACCAAUGUGUGCCGAAGUCUUUUUGAGAAGCAUAAACUUCUUUUUGCAUUUCUGGUGUGUACCAAGAUUAAAAUGAAUGACUCUUUGAUUGAUAUGAGCGAAUGGCAUAAUUUGCUGGCUGGUGGCACUCAUAAAGAAUUAGAGUUAGAAAAUCCUGCUCCAGAAUGGUUGACUGAGAGGUCAUGGAAUGACAUUCUGUGCUUAAAUAUUUUACCAAAUUUCGGAAAUAUAGCUGUUGACUUUCAGAAGUAUCUUGAUGACUUUAAGAGGAUAUUUGAUAGUUCUGAACCUCAUAGAGAAGAACUUCCAGAAGAAUGGGAAUCAAAACUGGAUAGUUUCCAGAAGAUAUUGAUUCUGAAAUGUCUUCGCUCAGACAAAGUAACAAAUGCCAUGCAAGACUUUGUAGCUAACAACCUUGGCCAGAUGUUUAUUGAACCUCAGACAUCCGAUUUAGGUGUGGUUUAUAAGGAUUCUUCUCCAACAACUCCCCUGAUCUUUGUUUUGUCUCAAGGAACAGAUCCAGCAGCAGAUCUUUACAAAUUUGCUGAAGAAAUGAAAUUUUCACGAAAAAUGUCAGCCAUUUCACUUGGCCAAGGCCAGGGUCCACGGGCUGAAGCCAUGAUGCGUGCUGCUCAAGAGAGGGGCAAAUGGGUUUUCUUUCAAAACUGCCAUUUGGCUCCCAGUUGGAUGCCAUCACUUGAAAGAUUGAUAGAACUUAUCGAACCUGACAAGGUACAUCGUGAUUUCCGACUUUGGCUAACCAGCAUGCCAAGCACCAGUUUCCCUGUGUUUAUCCUUCAAAACAGUUCCAAAAUGACAGUGGAACCACCAAAAGGCAUUAAAGCAAAUCUUUUAAAAUCCUAUAUGUCAAUUAAUGAUGAUUACUUGAAUUCAUUGGCAGAAAAGUCAACAAAUUUCAAGUCUUUGAUAUUAUCACUCUGCUUAUUUCAUGGAGUUAUCCUUGAACGAAGAAGAUUUGGACCACUCGGCUUCAAUAUUCCGUAUGAAUUCACUGAUGGGGAUUUAAAAAUCUGUAUGAGUCAACUGAAAAUGUUUCUUUCAGAAUACACAGAAAUACCAUUCAAGGUUUUAAAGUACACUGCUGGUCACAUUAAUUAUGGUGGCAGAGUCACUGAUGAUCAUGAUAGGAGGUGUCUAAUGACCAUUCUGGAUGAUUUCUACAAUAGCCAAAUAUUUGAAGAAAAUUUUGCUUAUUCUGAGUCGAAGAUUUACAAACAAAUCUCCAGUGCUCAAGAUCACAAUGGUUAUAUGGCUUAUAUAAGAAACCUUCCCAUUAAUGAUACACCAGAGAUCUUUGGUCUUCAUGACAAUGCCAAUAUCACUUGUGCACAAACAGACACAUUUCAGCUGUUAACAUGGUUGUUAAAUUUGCAACCAAAGAUAUCUACAGGAGUUGGCACUUCCAGAGAAGAGGCCACUGAAGAAACGGCCAAAGAUAUCAUACAGCAACUCCCUAACUUAUUUCAUGUGAAAAGUGUCAUGGAACAGUACCCAAUAUUGUAUGAACAAUCUAUGAAUACAGUUCUUGUCCAAGAAGUCAUUAGAUAUAACAGGCUUCUUGCAGUUUGUCAUAAAAGUCUUCAGGAUUUACUGAAAGCCCUGAAAGGUUUGGUUGUUAUGUCUCAGCAACUGGAAGCCUUAUCAAACAGCCUUUUCAACAACAAAAUUCCGGCAAUGUGGGACUUGAAGGCAUACCCUUCAUUGAAACCCUUAUCGAGCUGGGUGGAAGACUUAAUCACACGAGUGAAGUUUAUCAAACAAUGGAUCGAAAAGGGGAUCCCUUUUGUGUACUGGAUCUCAGGAUUUUUCUUCCCACAAGCCUUCCUUACAGGAACUCUGCAGAACUUUGCACGCAGAGCACACAUUUCCAUUGAUACAAUCUCUUUUAAAUUCGAGAUUUUGAAAGAGUCAGCACAGGAAAUAUCCGAUCAUCCAGUUGUAGGUUGCUAUAUCUAUGGUUUAUUCGUAGAAGGUGCCAGAUGGUGUGGAGAUGAACACUGUUUGACUGAAAGUAGACCAAAAGAACUUUUCACAGACAUGGCUACCAUCUGGUUGAUCCCUAUGUCCAAAAAACCACCAUUGCUAACUGGUAUCUAUGAAUGUCCUGUAUAUAAAACACUCACCAGAGCAGGAACUUUGUCAACGACUGGUCACUCAACUAACUUUGUAUUUACCAUUGAAAUCCCAAGUAACGAAAAACAAAGUUACUGGGUGAAGCGAGGUGUGGCCUUGCUGUGUGCAUUAAAUUAUUAAUCUUAUCAUUGAAUAUAUUGGAAAUAAAGACGUUUGGUGAUUCUACUAUUUUGA